UAAAACUCCCCGACUGACUGAAGAGGAGAUCUCAUGGCAUCGGUCGUGAAAACGUUGGACAGCGCCCGAGGUUCGAUCUCCGGUCGCACGGUUUCCCGGCGGCCAUGAGAUGGUGAUUUUUCAGUCAAUCGGAAGUAACCACUGAGCCAAACCAACGUGAAAGCGGAGGGAUCAGAAACCUGCUUUAACUGUAGGGACCUAUCGUGCGCAUGCGCGCUUCAGCUGUGAAUAAACACUUUUUCCAUGAGUUAUUUUAACACUGCAACAUAUAAACUUUUAAGUCAUCAACAGAUUCUUAAAUGCACCUAAAGUGAGCUGUUCGUCUUAUGCACUAAUAGGCCAUGAGCAAUGCCAAUAAUGUAAAUAACUGUUUUUCCAACAUUGUCAAGCAAAAGGCUGUAGAAUGAUAGCGAAAGCAACAAGGCCAUCAGAAGUAUUCUGGCUGGCUGCAUUAAUGAUAUUUAACAAUUAUUAAUAAUAUUAUUUGCACGGUUGCAUGUUUUACGUUUCAUUCUGACGUUUUGAGCUCGCUGUGGUAAAGUUGCGCGUGAAAGACGUGUGGCUGGCUGUCAGGGUUGCCAGGUUUUCUCAGCAAAACGCAACUUAAAACCAGCCCAAUCGCUUUUCAGGGGGAUUCAACGGAAAUAACGCGGUGAUAUUUUUUGGCUGAUAAACGUUUCGUCCCAGGGCCAGGGGUUUAAUACCAUGUUACUGAGGUCGCUCCGUCCCGCGGAAAGAGCGGUAAAGACCCCAAGUCCGCGGGAAAACCGUGGACAUGGCAACACUUGAGCCUGUCACGGGCCGUGACGUAGGUGAAACUCCACGUGUCGGGCUUGUUUUUAACACUAGGUGGUAAGAAACACCCUUUUAGUGUACACCCUCUUUCAAAGCUUGCACAGACUUGACUGUCUUUGUCUUUUUCCUCAAAGUCUCUAAACGUGCACAGACUCGAAUGACAGCAGCGCCUGUGUGAUUCUUGUGCUACUUUAGGAAAACGUCGAGAAAUAAACCGCGUUAACUGGCGCUCCCAAACACUAAAAUGGAUUCAUUCUUCGCGAAUGACAUUUCCUGUCCGAUUUGCUGUGAAAUCUUCAAGUCCCCAGUUCUUCUGUCGUGCAGCCACAGUUUCUGCGACGAGUGUCUUCGCCGGUUCUGGAGGACCAAGAAGACUAGAGAGUGUCCCGUCUGCAGGAGAAGAUCCUCAAGAGACGCUCCCCCGUCUAAUCUCGUCUUGAAAAACUUGUGCGAGUCAUUCCUGAAGGAGAGGAGAGAUAAGAGGCGUCUAUCUGGGUCCGAGGAGGCCUGCGGCUCACACGGGGAGAGGCUCAAGCUAUUCUGUCUGGAGGACAAACAGCCGGUGUGCUUAGUGUGCAGAGAUUCACAGAAACACAUCCAUCACACAUUCAGACCCAUCAGUGAAGUAGUUGAAUCUCGUAAGGAGGAGCUGAAGUCCUUACAAGAGAAACUUAAGUGCAGUGAAAAAUGUAAAGAAGAUUGUGUGAAAAUACUUCAACACAUUCGGUCUCAGGUGGAGCACACGGAGUGUCGGAUUAAACUGGAGUUUGAGAAGCUUCAUCAGUUUCUCAGAGAGGAAGAACGGAUUGCAAUCCGUGUGUUGAGGGAGGAAGAGGAGCAGAAGACUCAGAUGAUGCAGGCGAAGUUUGCGGAGAUCAACGCACGCAUCUCGGCUCUUUCACGCACAAUCGGAGACUUGGAGAAGAUGUUGAACACCAAUGAAGUCUUUUUUCUAAAGAGCUUUCCGGACGUGAUGGAAACCUUACCAGAUUCACAGCUGGCUUCUGGAGCUUUGAUUAAUGUGGCACGUUACCUGGGCAACCUGAGCUUCAGAGCCUGGAAGAAGAUGCAAGACGUUGUUCAAAACACUCCUGUGAUUCUGGAUCCAAACACAGCUCAUCCAGAUCUCCUCUUGUCUGAUGAUCUGACAGAGGUCCAGCAGUUGACACUUCCUGCUAAUCCCGAGAAACAUUGUUGCGUUCUGGGUUCAGAGGGAUUUGACUCGGGAACACACCGCUGGGAUGUAGAGGUCAAAGAGAGCUCGUCCUGGAGUCUAGGAAUAACUACGGCAUCAAACCCGAGGAAGGGAUACGAUUUUUUUGACAGUGGUGUGUGGAGUGUGCAGCACAGACUGUUUGAAGAGUCAGGUCUUCCUGUCGUACAGCAGCUGGAGCGGGUGAGGGUUCAGCUGGACUGUGACAGAGGAACAGUGUCGUUCUCUGACCCUGUAUCUAACACCAAUCUAUACACGUUAACAACCACCUUCACUGAGACCGUCUUUCCAUUCUUUUAUAGCUUUUCUCAUCUGAGGAUCUUAUAGUUGAAGGGUUUGUAGAUUUGGUGCAUUUGGCUCCUCAGAGGAACUAGAUCAUUGUUUUCACUGCCUUUCUAGCAAUGUGUGUUUAUGUUUGCUGGCAUGUAAUUAAAUAAAGGUCACAGUUG